AUGAAUGCACGCAAAGGUUGUAUAGUCAUGCUGGCCGUAAAGAUGGGCAGUGCCAUCUGGAUGAGACAUCGCAAUCAACAGCGUACACCACUUCUGCCUGUUAAACUCCACCUGCUUUGCAGAACACUGCAGAGCAGGCGAUCCCUGUUGCCCAAUCUUCUGAACCAGGAUGAAGGGGUAGUGGUAGUGUCGUCUGAUGCAGGAUGGAUGCCCUCCUCUAUCCCUGGUGGUGAAUUUUUGGUUAUGGACUCAAUGACGCCGAUGGCGACAGUUCUGCUGAGUACUGAGUUGUGCGUCCCUAUGAAAGAGUGA